ACGUGCGAGGGAAAAUUUGUCGUCCGUAUCAUGGCGAGAUAAUUUCGUUUCUUCGCAAAAGAAUUUCAUUUUUCUACGAUUCCUUUCCCUUUAUCAUGUAAUUCCUCUUUUUUUUCUUUUUUUUUUCUUUUUUUUUGUAACGUAAAAUUAUGUAAAAAAAAUAAGAUUCGAAAAGAACAAUAACCAAAUUUCGAAGAGGUUGGACAUGAACGAAAUCAGAGCGUUCACUAAACAAUCUUUUGCGCCUAUUUUAAGGAAUUCCUCGCUGGUAUCGUAAUUUUUCACAAGGAUAGACGGAACGACAAAAGGCUAUGGGUACCGUUUCGAUCGAUCUUCGAUCAGUGGACACAAGUGACGGACGAGUCCAGUUGGGUGGAAGUUCUCCUGCCGCGGGAUCCUCAAACGAGGAUCCAGAGCCGGAUGAAGCGACCCCCCUCUACAGCGAAGACUGUCUUCGGGGUGCGCUGCAACCGUCCCCGCCCGAAGAUCAAAAGGGAAAUGGUGGAAGAUUUCCAGCGGAGGAUCCUCAAUCUUACGGCCAAAUAUUGAAAUUCUCUUAUCCAAAGGGGAAACGAAAUAAUAAUAAUAAUAACAACAAUGGGAAGAAGCCUUUUAAACGUAAAGUGACAUUCGCUUUGUGAGAAAUUUACGUUCCGUAUCUUUGUUUAAUAAAAAUGAGAAAAUAAAUUUCAUUUUAAUUUCG